UUGGGAUCACGGUGAUACAUCUAACCUAUCAAUCUAUCAAUGAUCUGCGUCAUCUUAUAUCUUCAAGGAAAAUGGCAACGUUGUUUAUUCUAUUUGGCUUAAUCUUUGUAGCAAAUAUUUAUUUAAUAAUAGGAUUACCGGAAGAUUUGGUCUACGGAUAUGAAUGCAUUGCAAACGAUUGCGUUAAGUUCGAACUAAAUGAAGAGAAUUUGAAGCGGGCUUUAAGUUUGCCAGUAUGUUAUAUGUUAUGCAGUGAUUCGAUCGGCACUCUAUGGCCAAAGCCAAAUGGCAAAGUCAUAUACGAUUCCUAUUUGUUCCAUAUUGAUCUGGGUAAUAUUCUUUUUAAUUCAUCGACAAGUCCCGCUGUAUAUGCUCACUUGUGGAAAGUAAAUGAAGAACGUUUUGCUGAAAGACUACAAAAUAAACUACCAGACAAGGAAAUUAAAAACAAAGGUGGUUAUCCAAUAAAAAUUCUCAUCAAUAUUGAUAAUAGCGAAUUUAAAGAAGUGUCAAAACUUACUCUAAACACCGAUGAAAGUUACACGCUAAACGUUACAAAAGAAGAUAAUUUUAUCAUAGCUGAUAUAAGAGCGAAAAAUUUUUUUGGAAUUCGUCAUGGUUUAGAAACGCUAUCGCAAUUAAUUGUUUAUGAUGAUAUAAAGCAUGAAUUGCAAAUCUUAGGUAACGUUUCGUUAAGCGAUAAACCGGCAUUUAGAUGGCGAGGCUUAAUGUUAGAUACAGCCAGACAUUUCUACAGUGUAAAAUCUAUUAAAAGAACUUUAGAUGCAAUGGCUAUGGUAAAACUAAACACGUUUCACUGGCAUAUUAUUGACAGUCAGAGUUUUCCUAUGGAAAUAAAAGCACGGCCAGAAUUACAUAAACUGGGCGCUUAUUCUCAAAGGAAAGUUUAUACCCAUCGAGACAUUACUGAAAUUGUGGAAUACGGUCGACAAAGAGGUAUAAGGAUUAUGCCAGAAUUUGAUGCUCCCGCACAUGUCUGCGAGGGUUGGCAAAAUAAAAUUUCGGCGACCGCUUGUUUCAAGGCCACACCAUGGUCAAAUUACUGCCCUGAACCGCCAUGCGGGCAAUUAGAUCCGACGAUUAACGAUACGUAUUCGGUACUUCAAGAUAUAUAUCAGGAUAUGUUCAAUCUGUUCGAUCCUGACGUUUUCCAUAUGGGCGGUGAUGAAGUAUUUUUUGCAUGCUGGAGUGACAAACAAUCAAUAGCCGAUUGGAUGACUGGAUUGAAUUGGGACUUAGAAAAUUUAGGUUUUACGCAAUUAUGGGGAAAUUUUCAAAUGAAAGCAAUGCGAACCGUUGAUUCUGUAGCUAAAAACAAGCAAGUGCCAAUAAUUUUAUGGACAAGUCUUUUAACCGAUCCCGUCCAUAUUAACAGAUAUUUAAACAAGAGGCGUUAUAUUAUUCAAAUCUGGACCGAACAAAAUGACUCUCAGGUGCUAGGCAUAUUAGAGCGUGGUUUUCGAAUUAUUGUCUCGAAUAGUGAUGCUUUAUAUUUUGAUUGCGGUGGAUCUAGUUGGCUUGAAGCGGAAACUAAUUGGUGUUCUCCUUACAAUGGCUGGCAAAGGGUAUACGAAAAUAAGAUGGAAAAUAUUGCCAAAGGCUACGUAUCUCAAGUGUUAGGGGCCGAAGCAGCUGUUUGGUCCGAGCAGAUUGAUGAACAAAAUUUGGAUCAACGUUUAUGGCCACGCGCAAGCGCUUUAGCUGAACGUUUAUGGUCAAAUCCAAGCGAUAAUUGGCAAAAGGCUUUAGCUCGUUUACGGUUACAUCGCGAAAAUUUAGUUAAAAACGGUAUUGCGGCCGAGCCUAUACAACCCGAAUGGUGCCUUCAGAAUCCAAAAAGCUGUCUCAUAUCGUCGCAAUUCUGAAUUAACUAUUUAUAUAUAUAUCUUCAUUAUUCAUUAUCCUAUAACCAUUAUUAGCGCUACGCGUCUUAGAUGUUAUUAUUUAUUAUUCAGCCUGAUCUGAAUUUCAUGAAAAGUGAGUGACGUUAGCCACACAGUAACAAGUGCCACUUUUGUUUAAUACACAAUACAAUUUUAAAUAUUUUCAUUACUUUAGCGCAUUUGAAGGUAUCCUUGGAU